CCAUGGCUCCCAAGAAGCCCGAGCCUAAGAAGGCCGAGCCUAAGAAGGAGGAACCCAAACCGGCGCCUAAACCAGCGGAACCAGAGCCCAAAAAAGAAGUGGAAUUCAACCCGGCUUCGGUCAAGGUGGAAUUCACCCCUGACCAGAUUGAAGAAUUUAAGGAAGCGUUUUCCCUUUUUGACCGGACGCCCAAGUCGGAGAUGAAAAUCACCUACGCCCAGUGUGGAGAUGUCCUGAGGGCCCUGGGGCAGAACCCGACCCAGGCUGAGGUCAUGAAGCUGCUGGGCAGACCCAAACCUGAAGAGAUGAACUCCAAGAUGAUCGACUUUGAGACCUUCCUGCCCAUGCUCCAGCACAUUGCCAAGACCAAGGACACCGGGACCUACGAGGAUUUCGUGGAGGGGCUGCGGGUGUUCGACAAGGAGGGCAACGGGACGGUCAUGGGAGCCGAGCUCCGCCACGUCCUGGCCACGCUGGGGGAGAGGCUGACUGAGGAGGAAGUGGAUAAAUUGAUGGCUGGGCAGGAAGAUGCCAACGGCUGCAUCAACUACGAAGCUUUUGUGAAACACAUCAUGGCUAACUGAGCCCAGGACAAGAUAAGCACCGAGAAUCCCUCGGAUUUCCACGUGCUGGAAUUUCUCCUUGUUUUUCAGCCCAGAGCCCCAAAACGUGCCUAACUCCCUAAAGAUAUUUGGAUAUUUUUGUUUAUUUUGCCUUGUUCCUCCAUGGGAAGAGGGUGGAUCCUGUGGAGAUCCAACAGAAGAAACUGGAAUGUGAACAGUGAAUCCCUGGGAAUUUCUUUAGGAUGAAGGACAUAAACAGAAAUACAAAAUUGAGGGAAAGGGAGGAAUUCUUUUUAUUAAUAAAU